UGACUGUUUUUACGGAUAAGCCUUCAAGUCCACUCUCUUCACUAGCCAUGGAACCUUUUUUUUGUUUUUUUGUGUUCUCAGACAAGUAGCUCUUUAACAAGAGGAACUCAGCUUUACUGAUCCAACCAAGGAGAGAAGGAAUGGCAGAAACAAUUCUCUAUCGCACUGCUGGACAAUUUCUAGGGGACUUGGCAUCCAUACCUUUGCAACAGAUUGCUUCUGCUUGGAAUGUGAUGAAGGAUCUCAAAAAGCUUCAAGCCACACUGUCAACAAUCAAGUCUGUGCUUUUGGAUGCAGAGGAGCAGCAAGAGAAGAACAAUGAAGUUAAAGACUGGCUUGGAAAGCUUAAACAUGCAUUUUGUGACGUUGAAGAUGUGAUCGAUGAUUUUGCAACUGAAGCCUUGAGGAGGAAACUAAGGAAGAAAGAGACGAUCUUGGUCAAAGAGGUAAGUGAAUUCUUAUGUCUUUCUAAAAACAAGGUUGCUUCUAAUUUUAAGAUGAGUCACAAAAUUAAAGCAAUUAGAGAUGAAUUAGAUGAGAUUGCAUCAGACAAGAACAAGUUUCACUUCAAGGAGUGUAUUGACAAAAGGCCCUUAGAGUAUAGAAGGAGGGAGCAGACUCACUCAUAUGUACGUACAUCCAGGAUUAUAGGCAGAGAUGAUGAUAAGAAAGCAAUCUUAGAAAUGGUAAUGGAUGGGGGAGCUCAAGAGGAUAUAUCCAUUGUUUCCAUUGUUGGAAUGGGGGGCUUAGGUAAGACCACACUUGCUCAAUCAGUGUUCAUUGAUGAGAAGGUUGUACUAAGUUUUGAGUUAAGAAUGUGGGUAUGUGUUUCCAAUGUCUUCAAUUUGAAACUCAUCAUAGAGAAAUUAAUCAAAUCUGCCAACGGUGGUGAAUGUGAAAACUUAGAGAUGGAUCAAUUGCAACAGAAACUUCGAAAAUGUUUGGAUGGGAAGAGAUACAUACUGGUCUUAGAUGAUGUGUGGAGUGAAAAUCGCGAGGAAUGGAUUGAGUUGGAAGACUUGCUGAUGGGUGGUGUAAAGGGAAGCAAGAUUAUAGUGACUACAAGAAGUGAAAAGGUUGCAUUGAUAAUGGGAGCCACUUCUCCAUACCACUUGAAAGGUUUGUCAGAAGAUGAUUCUUGGUCAUUGUUUAAGCAGUUGGCCUUCGGAAGAAGACAAUUGGAGGAAAAUCAAAGCCUAGUAACAAUUGGGAAGGAAAUCUUGACAAACUGUGGAGGAGUGCCUUUGGCCAUAAGGACAGUCGGAAGCCUGUUGUACCUAAAAGACACAGAAACUGAGUGGUUGAAUGUGAAAAACAAGCUCUGGCAAAUAGCUCAAGAUGAAACCCACAUUUUACCAACAUUGAAAGUUAGUUAUGACUACUUGCCUUCCCAUUUAAAGCCAUGUUUUGCCUAUUGUGCCCUUUUUCCCGUAAGUCACCGCAUUAAGAAGGGGACACUGAUUAAAUUGUGGAUGGCUCAAGGGUUCAUUCACUCAUCAGGCAAAGACAAUGAUUUGGAGGAUAUUGCUGAUGAAUAUUUCAAGGAAUUGUUGUUCAGGUCCUUCUUUCAAGACGUAGAUGAAGAUGAAAAUGGGUAUAAAAGUUUCAAAAUGCAUGAUCUCAUCCAUGAUCUUGCACAAUUAGUGGCAGGGACAGACUGUUUUAUUGUGAAUACUAAUGUAGAAAAUAUGUCUGAAAGGACAUAUCACGUGGCGUUUGAUUCCAUUUCAUGUUCAUCACGGGAAGUUUCAACAUUCAUGAUCAAUGCAAGGAAGAUUCGCACAUUAAUUUUGUGUGGUCCAGAAGAGAGAGAAACUCAUGAUACACUAAUUUCAAGUUUUAUAUGCCUGCGUACAUUGGAUUUGCAAGGUUCAGGAAUUGAGAAUCUUCCCAAAUCUGUUGGCAAACUUAAGCAUCUAAGAUAUCUAGAUCUCUCGUGGAAUAUCUAUAUGGCUGCACUUCCCAAAUCUAUCUGCAAGCUGCAGAACUUGCAGACACUUAAACUCUCAUACUGUCUUGAUUUUAGAAAAUUGCCAGUUGAUAUAAGAAAGUUGGUAAGCCUUAGACAUCUUGAAAUUGAGGGAUGUAACAACCUAAGUUACAUGCCAUUUGGACUGGGAGAAUUGACAUGUCUUCAGACCUUACCAAUUUUCAUUGUGGGAAAGGAUAGCUCCAUCUCUAAAGCUAUUGGCGGAAUUGGUGAGUUGAAUAGCUUAAACCACCUUAGAGGGGGUCUCCAAAUUAAGCAUCUUGAAAAUGUGAGAAAUGGAACAUCUAGAUUCAAGGAACUGAAGGGAGCAAACUUAAAGGAAAAAAGUUUAAUUAAAAAACUGACAAUAGAAUGGACAGGAGAUAAAGAUGGUGUUGAUUAUGUUGAUGAGGAUGGUAGAGUGUUGGAAGACCUCCAGCCACACCCAAAUCUGAAAGAGUUGAAUGUAGAAGGAUAUGGAGGCAUCACGUUUCCGAGUUGGAUGAUGAUUAAAAUGGUUUCAUGGCUCCCAAACUUAGUUCGCAUCACCAUACAAAAUUGUAGAAGAUGCCAACAUCUUCCAUGGUUUGGUGAUCUCCCUUCUCUGAAGUUUCUCAAACUCCAAUCUCUAAGUGCACUUGAGUACAUAGACAACAACUGCAUUGGGUCUUCUUCUGUUGCUAACACUGAUAGUGGUGCUGCUGUUGAUACUCCGUCUUCUUCAAGGAGCAAUCUUAUGAGUGCUGCAACAAGAGGGUCUUUCUUUCCAGCUCUCGAAAAACUUUUACUUGAUGGUUUGCCUCUUCUGAAGGAAUGGCCGAGGGAAGUAGUUAUGGCUAAUGAUCAUGGGGAAAUAGCACCAGCUCCACAACAAUCAUCUUCAUUAUGUUUUCCUCACCUAACUAGUUUGGAAAUCGACCAUUGCUCUAGCCUGGUAUCAAUGCCAUUACUUUCAUCUCUGGAAGAAUUGACCAUGAGACAUGUAAGUGAGAAGCUCUUACAGUCUAUGACAGUGCAAACAGAACUUGACAGACAAAUAACAGAAGCAGCCACUUCAGGUCCAUCCAAUCCCCUCUGCACGCUACAGACCCUGCAUAUCUGGUUCUGUGAAGAUCUAGUAUCUUCAUUAGAACUGGGCUUGAGAAGCCUCACUUCACUAAGGGAUUUGCAGAUUAUUGACUGUCAUAAGCUAGUACAAUUACCAGAAGAAGGAUUAAGGUGCUUAGUUUCUCUUCAGUCUCUUCAGAUCAAUUCUUGUAGCUGCCUGACUUCUCUGUCUCGAGGAAUCCAACACCUUACUACCCUCCAGAAGUUAGAAGUACUGAAAUGUGAAGCAUUUGAUUUGUCAAACGAGGACAAUGGCUUGCUUGGUCUUGUGAAUCUUCAGUCUUUGUAUAUUUCAAUGCUUCCAAAGUUGACUUGUCUUCCUCAUGGGCUUCAACACCUGACUACAUUACAAGUUCUCUCUAUUUCCUUCUGUGAUGGUUUGGUGACUUUACCAGAGUGGAUGGGGAACCUCGUAUCACUUGCAAAGCUUUAUAUCCGCCAUUGCCAUAAAUUGGAGUCUCUUCCUGACUCUCUGCGUAGUCUCUCAAUGUUAAAACAAGUGGACAUUAUUCAUUGUGAACUCUUAUCACAAAGAUGCCAAAGAGAAGGUGGUACAGAAUGGCCUAAGAUAGCUCACAUCCCAAUGGUUUGCGUUAUUUGCUGAAAGAUGAAGAUGAAACCAUAAAAAUAGGGAGUGGUAGAGUCUCAACUAACUUCUGCCUACCCAGCUAAAACCUGAGGAGCACUUCGUAGAGGAAGAAAUGAAGUGUUUAAGAUAUGCUGCUAUUUCAAUUUUCCAGUGAUUGGUGUUUCUACAAAUUAUGAUUUACAAAGUAUAUUAUGAUUUAGAGAGAGAGAGGAAAAGAAAACAGAUGGAAUCACUCUCUGAUCUCUGGUUGCCAUGAAAAGGAGGGACACAAUAAGCACACAGUAAAAUUCUUAAUUUUAAAUGUUAUUUUCAAUUUUCUAUUUCCUUGGUUUCCAAUAACUUAAGAGAUUUUUUUUUUUAAUCUUCUUAUUUUUUAAACUUUCUGUAUGCAUAAAUUCAUUAUAAUCAUAUCAUUUUUUGUCUUUUGUUGCU